GCGGCCAAGGGUCCCCGACUCGCGCGCUAGGGCCAAGCACCAGACGCAGCACCUCGUCACAGUACCAUCCAGCUCUUUCACCCUCACCACACCCGCCGCCGCCUUUCUCUCCCAUACCCCGACCCGGUCCCCGACUUGACCGCCCACUACUUGUACCACACCCUCGCUCACUCUACACCACCCCCUCUCCGCCACAACCCGCUAGCGCCGCGUCACCCCCAUCAUGUCGGCCAGGAUGCAGCAAGGCCAACGGCCCGGAGGCUCCAGAUUCGCACAGUUCAAGCUGGUGCUGUUGGGUGAAUCCGCCGUCGGAAAGUCGUCUCUAGUAUUGCGCUUCGUCAAGGACCAAUUCGACGACUACCGGGAAUCCACCAUCGGCGCCGCCUUCCUCACCCAAACCAUCGCCCUCGAUGAAAACACCACGGUCAAGUUCGAGAUCUGGGAUACCGCAGGCCAGGAGCGCUACAAGUCGCUCGCGCCCAUGUACUACCGAAACGCAAACUGCGCCGUAGUCGUCUACGACAUCACACAGGCCGCCUCUCUAGACAAGGCAAAAGCCUGGGUCAAGGAACUCCAACGCCAAGCCAACGAGAACAUUAUCAUCGCCCUUGCCGGCAACAAGCUUGAUCUCGUGACCGAAUCCCCCGACAAGCGCGCCAUCUCCACCGCCGACGCCGAGCAAUACGCCCGCGAAGCCGGCCUCCUCUUCUUCGAGACGUCCGCCAAGACAAGCGAGAACGUAAAGGAGCUCUUCACUGCCAUCGCGAAGAAAUUGCCCAUCGACCAAGCCGGCCCAAGGAACCUGAGACCGGGCCAGCAACGACAGGGCGUCAACCUCAGGCCCGAGGCUAACCAGACCCAGGGUCCGGGCGGCUGCAACUGCUAGACGGAUUUGUGCUCUGGGAAAUAUGAUUGUUUGGUAUAUCGCGCGGAAGACUGCGGAGGAGAUGCGAGGCGAUGCGACUUGGGAUGGGUCCAUGCUACUACUGGGUACAGAGAUUGCACUUGGUAUAGCCUUCUUCGUACGUCUCUCAGUAUGUUCAUUGUGGGAC